AACACUAGAUGGCUGCAGUGAGUCGAUCACAAACAGACCGUCCUGCGAUGAGACGAGAAGUGCAGCACUAUCAGCGGUCACUCUGAAAAAUGUCUGAACAACGAGCUUUUAAGAAUCCCUACCCAGAUUACACUGGGCCUGGAUGUGCACAAGACUUUUUUGACAUGCAGGGAAAUUUGACCCAGCAUUUUGCCAACUGUAUAAGCAGCAAGAUCAGUGAGCUUCUGGCGGUCAUGGAGAAUGGACUGAAGAACGCUGACCCCAGAGACUGUACUGGCUACACUGGCUGGGCAGGCAUUGCCCUGCUCUACCUGCAUCUCCACAGCAUCUUUGGAGACUUCUCUUUCCUCCAGAAGGCUCUGGACUAUGUCAGCCACAGUCUGAGGAGUUUAACCCAGCGCUGGGUGACUUUCCUGUGUGGGGAUGCAGGGCCGCUGGCUGUUGCUGCGGUGGUCUAUCAUCGACUCCAGAAACCUCAUGAGGCUGAGGAGUGUGUGAACAGGUAUGAUGUUAUCUGUGAUGCAGUGCUGGAUUCAGGACAGAAUCUGUCUCAGAAGAACAAGAUCCAGGAGCAAACCCCUCUCAUGUAUGAGUGGUAUCAGGAGGAGUAUGUGGGUGCCGCUCAUGGCCUGUCAGGGAUCUACUACUACCUGAUGCAGCCUGGCUUUGUGGUUGGCGAGGACAGAGUUUACCAUCUAGUCAAACCCAGUGUGAACUACAUGUGUCAGCUAAGGUUUCCAUCAGGCAAUUACCCACCGUGGGUCGGAGAUUCUCGGGAUCUUCUGGUGCACUGGUGUCAUGGCUCUCCUGGAGUGAUCUACAUGUUGAUACAGGCUUUUAAGGUGUUUGGUGUGAGGCAGUAUCUGGAGGAAGCGCUGCACUGUGGGGAGGUGAUCUGGCAGAGGGGUUUGCUGAAGAAAGGCUACGGCCUCUGUCAUGGAGCUGCUGGAAACGCAUAUGGCUUCCUGGCCCUUUACAAGAUCACCCAGGAUCCCAAACACCUCUACAGAGCCUGCAUGUUUGCAGACUGGUGCAUGAAUUAUGGAAAACAUGGCUGCCGGACUCCAGAUACACCGUUGUCACUGUUUGAAGGGAUGGCAGGCACAAUUUAUUUCCUGGCUGACUUGCUGCAACCAACUAGAGCCAAGUUCCCUGCUUUUGAGGUGUAAAGACUGUUCCAGACGACUGAGCCUUUUCGCUUAAGCUUCCUCGAGCCAGAAGAACUCGUCCUCUAAUGGUGGAAUAGUACUGUCUCACUCUGCAUGUGCGUCUGUAUACCGCUGAUCUGUCACAAUUCACACUAAGUCUUUUGAGAGGUGCUGUACAUGUGGAGAACAGUACGCAGGAGAUAUUAUUUUCCCAUUAAUGGAAAGUGGAUGGGAAUCUAGGCUAACUAUAGAUUAAGGGAAGCUGCUGUUACGUUACAUGUUUGUUUGUAUCAUUUUAAUUAAUAUGACUCAUUAAAGAAACUAUUUCGAUGUAUUUGUGAGGAUAUAUUCUGACAUGACAGCAAGGUAAAGUUUCACAUCUUUUUGAAUUAAGUAGAGUUAAUUAAUUACACAAGAACUACAGCUUUAAGGUAGCACUAAAAAUACAGUGUUGAUAUGCUUUCUGUAAGAUUAAUGCUUUGCCUUCUGUAUUAGUAAUGUAUUUUUCCCUUUUUUCUCUCUUGAUGAUAAUAAUAGUAGUCAUAUCAGAGGAUGUGCUGCCAAAAUGAUUUUUUUUUUUUUUUCGGUAGUGGAACAAUCUUUUAGCAUUUUCAUUUGUCUUUCAUCAUCAUUAUUUUGUACAUUUUCAUUUGCACAACAAUAAAAAUAAGAAAAACAG